CAACUUUAAUAUUUAACAAUUGCUGGACCUCAGAACUAGCCAGGUUAUUUUUACACAGCAGCACAAAAACAGAAAGAAAUGCUUCCAUCGCACGCACGCUUCGGUGGAAAUGAAAACACGAUGUGAGCAGCAGACUUUAGGACCCAGUCCACAGAGCCAGCCAGUCGGGGUUUUCUUUUUUACUUAGCGACGUCUAUAAUGUCAUACGUGCUGCUAGAAGCGUGUUCCGGUGAACACAACUGAAAUUUGAAGGUGACAGUGACUGUGCAUCAUAUUUUUAGUAAGUACCAUUACAGUUAGUUUAUAUCCCUGCAGCAUAUUAUGGCAAUUAGAUGAUUUAGAUAAACAUGCUGUUUUGCCAAAAUGGCGUUAAUUAGCAUCUCAAGAAGAAUAUAAAUAUUUGCACAGAUCUUAGGACCGAGUUUAAAUGUCAUUUUGAUGUAAAGAAGUUGAGCUGACUAGCUGCGAUUUUAAAUCUGCAUGUUAUUGUUGAUUAUUAAUAAUUGACAUUAGUUGCCAAAAAAGCCUCUAAUCACAAAAAUGCUCUUAUAGAUGUAGACAUCGUGCAUGGAAAAUGAUACAGUGGCUAUUUAUGAACUUAAGUAAAUAACCUUGUUUCACAUUGAUAAAUGUGGACUGCGCAUGAGCCUGUCCCGAAUCCAUGCAGCAUCCCUCACCGUAUAUUCCCCAUGUAGGUGACUUGGAGAUACGGAAGAAUUACGGAAGGCUUGAGAACAAGCAGCCGAUAUUUUAAAUAAUAGUAUUAUACUAGAUUAAUCGGAUUGAAGAUUGCGUUGUUAACAGAGGCUUGUUUUUACAGAAAGGCCAGUAUCGAACCGCGUAAAAGUGCGCAUAUUGCGCGUCUGACAGGCAGUCAAAACAAGUUGUACGCGAUGCGAAAGGGCAUUUAGGGACAAAUAAAGAGCAGUAGAGCAUCAUGGGUGGAGUGGCACUGGAUGACGGAGGUAGUGGAGUGAAGGCCCCUGAUGGUGGCUGGGGUUGGGCUGUGCUCUUUGGGUGCUUCAUCAUCACAGGUUUCUCCUACGCUUUUCCAAAGGCUGUCAGUGUUUUCUUCAAGGAGCUCAUUAGAGAGUUUGGGGUGGGCUACAGUGACACAGCCUGGAUCUCCUCCAUCCUAUUGGCUAUGCUUUAUGGCACUGGGCCUUUAUGCAGUAUUUUAGUGAAUCGAUAUGGAUGCCGUCCAGUGAUGUUGGUGGGCGGUCUCUUUGCAUCGUUGGGAAUGGUCUUGGCAUCAUUUGCCACAAGCAUCAUCCACAUUUACUUGUGUACAGGAGUUAUUACAGGUCUUGGACUGGCCCUGAACUUCCAGCCUUCACUCAUUAUGUUGAAUCGAUAUUUCAGUGAGAAGCGGCCGCUGGCUAAUGGCCUGGCCGCUGCUGGGAGUCCAGUGGCUCUGUGUUGUCUGUCCCCUUUGGGGCAGGUCCUUCAGUAUGAAUAUGGCUGGAGAGGGGGCUUCCUCAUCUUGGGAGGGAUGCUUCUGAACUGCUGUGCCUGUGGGGCUUUAAUGAGGCCUUUGGUCCCACCAAAGAAGUCAGAGACCCCUGGGACUGAAAACACACCAGAUGAUGGUAACAUGCAAGCAAAGCCCAAGCCCAAGCUGCUGGACUUCAGUGUUUUCAGAGACCCGGGCUUUGUCAUUUAUACAGUCGCUGCCUCCAUUAUGGUGCUCGGUUUGUUCGUGCCCCCAGUGUUUGUGGUGAGCUAUGCCAAAGAGCUGGGAAACGAGGACACGAAAUCUGCCCUCCUGCUUACCAUUCUGGGUUUUGUUGACAUGUUCGCACGGCCCACGUGUGGCAUCAUCGCAGGACUCCAAUGGGUUCGCCCUCGCUGCGUCUACCUCUUCAGCUUUGCUCUCAUAUUCAAUGGCACCACAGACCUGGUGGGCUCCCUGUCUAAAGACUACGCCUCUCUGGUGGUGUUCUGCAUCUUUUUUGGCAUCUCUUAUGGCAUGGUGGGAGCACUGCAGUUCGAGGUUCUCAUGGCUGUUGUGGGUACAGAGAAGUUCUCAAGCGCCAUUGGUUUAGUUCUCCUGCUUGAAGCUAUUGCUGUGCUGGUUGGGCCUCCAUCUGCUGGUCGCCUUUUGGACGCCACUAAGAAGUACAUGUUUGUUUUCCUGCUGGCUGGGAUUGAGGUUGUGUUGUCAGCUUUAGUGUUGGCAAUAUGCAACCUACUGUUCAUAAAAAAGAAACCUGAGGCGCCAGAGACUGCAAUAGAGAAUGGAGAAACAGUGGAGGCAGAGAAUCACUCCAGUACGCUCCCCGUACAGGAGACACACACGGCCAAUGGAAACUCAGAGAAGCUGGAGGAUUCGGGUGACCUGAGAGCCGAGAAUGUUAUGGAGGAUUCGACAGAAGUGGAAGCGUUUCUUAAAGAUAAAGAUGAGCAGGAUAAGAACAUCCCCUGUAGUCCAGAAACCAAACUCUGAUAGACAUUACUGCUUAAGAAUUGGUCAGAAAGACUAGAGGAGAUUGGAGAACUGCGGUGUUAUGUGUGUCACUCUGUAGUCCAAUGUGUGUGCUACUUACUGACAGAUGAAUAUUUAAUCAAUAAUAGAGACCUACACUGCACUCAUGCCGUUCAAAAUCACAUUUGCACAUCCACACACAGAGAGAUUUGGAUGGGCCACUCUUAAUACAUCUGUAGCUCAAAACCACAGAAAUUUCUUUGACCUAAACCAACAUUAACGAGGUCAAAGGUGCUGUAAGGGAUUUUUGUCAUGGAAUUGUAUGGAGAAAAUGAUCCUACUCACUGAAAUCAUUGUCUUGAGAUGUCACACCGAUCUCUGUGAAAGUCCUAGACAGCAUUACAAGUAACACCAGUCAUGUAAUCAGAUUACUUUUUUCAAGUAGUAAAGUAACGCAUGACUUUUAAAUUUACAAGAAAAUAUCGGAGUUAUUUAUUCAAAUAGUUAACGCAAGUUACUAUUUUCUCAUUUAUUCUCCUGUCCCUGUGUUGAGAGAAAUUAGGAGUGAAGUACAGAGACAGAGUCACUUCCUUCAGCUUGAGACUUAUUAAAGACACUUUGGGCCUUUGCAGUUACUUUUUUUGUCAUUAAAAAUACGAAAGCCCAGCUCAGGUGACAAAAAGCAACAUAUGCUAAUUUUGGUUUGCUUAAAAUAUAUUGCUGGGUCAGAAUGGUUAUCCCAGAGAAAGGGGAGGCAUGCCUAAAGUCUGAAAAGUUUAAUGUUGUUACAGAUCCUUUAACUAAGUGCAAAGUAAACAACACAUCACACAAGUAAAGCAGAGAUAGCUAUCACAGGAACUGAAGGUGUGAGUAUGCUCACAUUCAUAGAUAUCAGCAAAUAUAUCAGCAGAUCUCUCAGGAGUUUCCACUUCUCACUCAAAAUGCACCUUCUGUUCAAAUGCUUUGUAACAGUUUGUGUCCCUGUUUACAGACCCUCAUACACUAUGUAAAAUGCUUUGUUUUGUGCGUUGUGAGCAAUGUGGUCCACUGGCUUUAGUAGACUUCUGAAAAUGCCACGAUUUCCUGCAUAAAGAUCAGUACUGUAAUACUCUUCAGUAUCAUUAGAACAUUCCCCAUAGACAGCUACUGUAAUCCUGCUGGAUUGACACCUGCCACCUACUGCCCAAUUCAGGAUAUACUCUUCGGUAUAGGUAUGCCUCAUUGUCAAUAGAACUGUAUUAGUACUAAUUGUACUGUGAAUUUCUUUUUUUGUUUAGACACUGGUGUGCAUUUCUCAAAGACUUGUGCUGGGAUUGUCAUAGCAUAGUGAAGUAGAGAGCAGGUAUCUCUGUAUUUAUGACUUCAUAUGAAGAGUCAUUCAGCAAUAUUUGCAUUUAUCUUUUUUUCCUACUCAAUGUUUAAUAAACCUAGUUUAAUUGCAACAAAUAAUCUAUUAUUUUAUUGAAAUGCACCAAAUGCAAAACCAUAUUAAAGACCAAAUGAUAAGUGCUUAAAUGCAAUUGAUUUUGUGGUGAACCUGCAGAAGCUUUAUUAGGAAACAGUGCUGGCAGAUAAGCAUGCACUGUGUCCCACUGUUUCAGUGUGAUAGGACUGAAGUUUGACAGCACUGCCCGGGAGCAUUAGUUUUAAUUUUAUACCAGAAUCAGGAGGAGACAGCUCUACUGCUGGUUAAGACACUUGCCAUGUCAAAGAUUUGUACGUUAAUACAUAUGUUAGAAGUGCACCUAUGAGAAAGUUAGACCCUGUAAACCCAGAAUUAGUCACACUGCCCUUCGAUUGUGCCUGUCUGAAUCAGCCUGGGAAAUAUUUGCAUUAUUUACUUUGUUUUCAGAUUAACUGUAUCAUUUGAUAAUGGCUUCGUCUCUGUCUGUUGAGAAAAUAAAACUAAUUCUGCUCAAUAA